AUGAGACCACAGAAGGAUUUCCUCAAGCUAAUCAAUGCUCAAGAGGGCUACGGCGACCAUGAUGGCGGCGAACACAGAUCAGAAAUUACUGGAUUCGAAGCGCUGACAUCGUACAACUGGAUCCACGCACCUCUCGACAAAGUGCUAGUACAGACUAGAUGGGCCGCAUGCACACCUGUGUCGUCGUCCAAGUUCAAGAGUGUCGUUCCCGCCGCUGCAAAGCAACCUGGCAGUCCUCUUAUGUGGCAUCCACCAACCUCUAGUCUUAGACUCAACCUGUCAUCCAACGUCAACUAUCGCGACUAUGAGCACAAGCUUGCUCUCAAACAUGAGAUGGACGAUGCUGUUCGCUACAUGACCUCCUUGAACCACAGAUUUGUGUCUUCAAACAUCGACAUUUUCACUAGCGAUCAUACUUUGCGCACACUUCUCAAAUUCGUGCAGGGUAACGCAACCCCUUUCCAGAUCAUGAUGCAGAAGAUUGGCAACACUCUGUUCUUGGUCGAGAAGAGCAACUCAGCGAUGUCAGUGAUGGAUCUCACUCGUUCCUUCCAAGAUGCCUGCACCAGUUGGCCCGACGGUACCAAGUCGUUGAGCCACCAGCGCCUUGUCCAGUACAAGUUCAACGACAUCCAGUGCUUGGUCCGCUUCGAGGCAGACGGCUCCCUCGACAAGACGGAUCGUCUCAUGGCAGCUGCUCUCAUCAGCGACCUUGCUCGCACCGACUUCUCGACAUCCACACAGCUAGACUCGCCAGUGCUGGACAUGAACAUGCAAGCAUCUACUACAGCCGACUUCGAUAGUGCGUUCUCUGCGCAGCCCUUGAAGAGACCCACUACUGUCCCAAACGCUCCUGCCCCCGAAGUGUCUUCUACCGGAUAUCACUGGUCUCAGCAAGAGGCCAUGGCUGAGUGCCGACGUAAGCAAAAGGAAUUGGAUGAUGCGGCAAAAGCCCUAAGAGAGGCAGAAUAUGUGGCACCUACCUCUCACCCCCAUCCCAUUGGAGUUGGCGAAGAUCCCGUCGGAGUUGGUGGAAGAACCAUCUCGCCUGAUCCCGUUGAAGAUGACGAAAGAACCAUCUCGCUGUCGCGACCCAAGAAAAUCGAGCAUGAAACCCCAAAGAAAUCGGAGACAUCCCCCAUCGUCCAGCACGAACGCUACUUGGAGCAGUAUCCCAUCUCACAGUUCUGCUCGAUCACCAAGACAGACUCAGAUGUCGCCCAGAGAUACCUUGAUCUGGCUGGAGGCGAGUUUCAGAGAGCUCUUGACCUCUACCGCUCUCAGAACCUACCCAACAUGGUUGCUCGUUUCGCACUCGCAACCGAGACCACGGUUCAAGAAGCCAAACAGUACCUCAAGGCUUGCUUCGAUGACUUUGAAAAAGCCCUUCGCCUUCGCGCGACCAAACUGAGAUUGCCUAACCAGAACGUCACCCGCAUCUUCAAGAGAGAGGAAUCGGAUCGCGAGGCUCUCCAAGAAGCCAUCAAGGCCAAGAACCGCAAGGGAGUCCCUCAUUCGGCAUUGUUCACCCUCCAUUGCGCAGCCGAGAAGUCCGCCUCUAACAAGCUCAACCUUUCGAACGACCAACUUCUUCGCCUCUGGGUCACUCGCAUCCCAGGCGUCAUCACCGCAUACUACGACGCCAGCGCCAACGUCACUUCGAUCACCUACACCGACAUCCGCUCUCAAAUUCGCGAAUGGGAACGCAAGAAUCAGCCCACACUUACCAAGCUGUCUGCGCUCCUGAAGGAUGUCAAGCACACUGCCCGUGGAGACCGCAAGAUGAUACUCAGUGUGGAGGAGAAGUACAAGAUGGAGGUUUACAAGGCCAGCGGCACAGAAGUCGACGUCGUGUCUGACUACCAAAAGAGACUCUGGUUGGAACGUGGUGGAGAGGAUGCAGAUGAGGAAGAAGUUGUUGAUGACGACGAUGACAACGACGAUGACGGUGAUGCUCCAGGAGACAACGGUGUUGGAGAGGGAAUGGACGAAGAUGAUGAGGAAGUUCCUGAAGGACAGAAGGUCAGAAACUACCUGUCUGACACGAGCUCUGAUUGGGAGCGCGAGUACGAUUCAAGCGACGAUGGAGACGAAGGUGAUGCCGAAGACAAGGAGUAA